UCUGGAUCAGGGACUUGUUGUUCUGGGUCUGGGGUCUUUUCUCUCUCUCUGUUAUCUUCUAUCAUCUCUCCAGACUCUGUCAGGCUGGUGAACGGGACCAGUCUGUGCUCAGGCAGACUGGAAGUGAAGACUAACCAGUCUACCCAGACCUGGUCCUCAGUGUGUGAACAGGACUUUGACCAGCAGGAUGCAGAGGUGGUCUGCAGGGAGCUUGGCUGUGGGGCUCCUUCAGUCCUCCAGGGGGCGCUCUAUGGAGACGUGGAGCCUCCAAUGAGGACCAAAGAGUUCCAGUGUGGAGGCCAUGAGUCUGCUCUCCUGGACUGUAGAAGCUCAGGCUCAGAUAGAACCACCUGCUCACCUGGAAAAGCUGUUGGACUCACCUGCUCAGAGCCUGUCAGGUUGGUGGGGGGGGCCAGUCGCUGUGCAGGGACACUGGAG